AUGCGUAAAGGGCAGUUUAACGAGGCAGCUCAAUGUUGUCUCCAGGCUCUUGCACUGAAUCCACGUUUGGUUGAUGCACACAUUAAUCUUGGGAAUUUGAUGAAAGCUCAAGGAUUAGUUCAAGAGGCAAUUCCUGAACAGGCAGAUGUUCCACCAGUUGCCCAAGUUCCUGCUCAGGCAGCAGCAAACUCCCCAGCAAUCAUUCCUCCAGUGCAAGCAUCACAACCUGCUGCUGCACCUGCUGUUGUCCCUAAUGCAAAUCCACUGGAUCUUUUCUCACAGGGCCUACCAAUGCUGGUGCUGGCAAUUUGGAUUUUCUUCGAAACAAUUAACAGACGGACACUAAAUAGUACUCAUGCUACACUUAUUGUUUUGCAACCUAUGCUUCAAGAGCUAGGGAAACAAAAUCCACAUCUUGUGCAUCUCAUACAAGAGCCUCAGGCUGACUUUUUGUGCCUGAUAAAUGAACCUUUCAAGGGAGGAGAAGGGAAUGUUCUGAGCCUGAUGGCUUCAGCCAUGCCACAGGCUAUGACUGUAACUCCUGAGGAGCAGGCAGCCAUUGAACGUCAAUUACGUUCUCUUUCUAAGCUUCAGACUGUUGGAGCUGAUCGGCAAGUUUCCCCUCCAUUUGAAUUGUUGUAA